AGGCCAAGGUACCAACGUAACGAGUUUAGUCUUAGCUUUGAAAUUAAGCCUGAAAACAAAUUAACUCAUUUAAAAGUCUGCGACAACCAAAAUAUUUAAAAAACAUACCUACGAUCAGGUACCUACCUACCUUCGUUAUAUUACGUAUUUUGGACUUACCUGCCUUAAAUCUAAUACAAAAACUACCUACAACCUUCUUUCCGUGAGAUUGAUCUAUCACUUCAAAAUCCUGACCUUGCCUUGAUUGUUAUUCCUCACAGAAAAAAAAAAACAGAUCCCAACUGAUAACAAAAAAGCCACGAAGCCAUAAAUUCAAAAUAAAAAACAUAUUGAAAUUAUAAUUUUACAAAAAAAUAAAUAUACUAUACCCCUUAUAAAAACAACAACAAAAAAACAACGCAAAAUAAUAAAAAAAUAAAAAUCAGAAUCUGAAUCUGAUGCUCUACCCAUUCAACACGCUGACUUCGCUGGCUGGCUGGCUGACUGGCUGGCAGUGUCCCACACUAUGUCGAAGUGAUAACUAUCUAAAAGUUUUAAUUAUGGACGAGGUAGCGAAAAAAAGUUACGAUAUUUUGUUGUUAGAAGGUAUGUCUGGUUGCUACUGCUGCGAUGCCGGCCGGUCGUUCAGUGGUGUGUUUUAUCUGCCACACUGAUUCAGCAGACAAAACAUAACCCCACCUCCUCCGCCUACAUACCGACAAGCUGAUGGAUUGCAAUAUCUCUUACACUCGUCUUAGCCUUGGCUCGCUCAGAGAUUCCUUAUCAUUAAAUGCAAUAAAAAGAAAGACGCAGCAGCUCACAAGCAGACGAGAAAGCACCCCCAUUCUAGGAACAAACCAAAUCUCAUCGAAAUCUCAGUUCUCAAACGAAAACGAAAGACUCUGAGACUUUGCAAAGCAAGAGAUGUACCUCACCACACAUACGACGAGUCUUAUCCAUCCAUAUGAAGGUACACUAAAAACCCACCACCAGUACCGCAUCACUGCAUAUACCAACACAAUCAGAAAUUGUUAUCACUAUCAUCAUCAACAAUCCAAAUCCAUCCGUCGACCAUCCGUCCCAGUCCCAAUCCCAAUUCCAAUCUCAGUCCCAAUUCCCAGCAACUCCACAAUCCGAAUCCACAUCCAUCCAUCGGAUCGCAUCGCAUCGGUAGUUUUUAUCAGUCAGCCGCAAGCGAACCACCAAGUCCGUCCGGUGCCGGUGGUGGUGGUGCCAGUGCCAGUUGCCAGUACCAGCUCACAGCUCAGUUCAGUUCAACUUUGCUCAUCUCGCAUCUCAUCUCAGCAUAUUAUAUUUAUACGAAAUACGAAAUGAAACCUUCCUACACACAUUUCCCUAUCUUUUCUGUGCCCUUGUCCCGCAUCUACGACCUGCCUCGAGAUAUCCAUCAAAAAUUAAAUUCAAAAUAAACGUUUUCUUCUCUGUGCUCAGAGCUCAGAGCUCACAGAGUCACCACAUCUCGUAUAACUUUGGUUUGGAUUUGGAUUCUGAUUCGGGAGUUCGGUACGGGUUCGGCGCAGCGUUUUUGUUUCUUCAUGCGUUUGUUGAAUGUUGAUGUCUAUACUGUCUGCUGUCUGUUGUGUUGUUUCUUUAACUUCAAAAAACUGACAUUUAGUUGGGUUAGACCACGCGCGGGGUAAACAUCUAUAAAACAAAACAGAAAAACGUUUAACUUAGGCGUGAUAAUAAUUAUAUUUGUAAAUAUUCAAAACAAUAAACGGUACAUAUUAUAGUAACGAGUGAAUUUGUCAGUUUUGACAUCUGUCACUUUGACAUUAAACUAAUCAAAUCAUUUGAAAUCAACAUGAGAGCUUACUCUUGCUUUUGAUAGUUCAACUUUCAUAAAAAGUAAACAUCUCAAAUAUCUGACUGUAUGAAAACAAAAUAAUCAUAGUGUGCGUUAUUUCGCGAAUCUCUACACGGAUAUACAAAAAAUGGGUGAAUGCCAAGACACUGCUGAAGAUAUGACUGUGGAAAGAGAAACAAAAGAUCUAAGCCCAAGCGAUUUGAAUGAGCAAAGCGAUCCAGUUGCUUCGGCUGACAUUGAUCAAUCAGCUGAACCAACAAUAACAACAACAACAACAGAAUCCCUAAUGGAAGAAGAAAAUUGUCCGGCAUCGGGUUCGCCUAGAACCCUUUCACCGCCCUCAGAACCAGAAGUCGACGAACGAAAUUCUCCUUCGGUUCAAUCUGAUCUCCAAUCGGAAGUAAAUUCACCUUCAGAGCCAGACGACUCGUCAUCAAUAGUUCCUGCUAUCGCGGUAACUGCGAUUCCUAAAUUACGACUGAAUGCACUACUAGCUUCUGAUCCUGCUCUCAACCCAGAUGCAAGAAAUCUAAAGAUACUUCAUGAGGAAUCAACAAAGAAUCAUCUUCAAUUGGAGCAGGACUCGUUGCCUGCACCUGUUGAUCAGAAGCCUUCUGUUAAAAACCAAAUUCCAGCGGUUGUGGAUAAUUCACAACGUGUGAAAGUUUUUAUGUGUCUUCCCUGUGGAAUUGGAUUCUCAUCGAGAUCGACUCUGGAAGCACAUCAAGCUUACUAUUGUUCUCAUAGAAAAGAAGCCGAAGAAGAUGCGACAGGUGGUGGCGGUGGUGGUGGAAGUGGAGCCGGCGGCGUUGGAAGUGCAUCAUCGGGAGAUAAAUCCACCAUCACAUCAAGUGGUGAGCCAUCAGCGAAAUCUAUUAAGACUGGCAAGCAAUACGCUUGCACACAGUGCUCCUACAGUGCCGAUAAGAAAGUCUCAUUAAAUCGUCACAUGCGAAUGCACCAAAGCUCCCCGGCGCCAAGUUCUAACGCCUCCAAUGGUGGCGAUGAUAGUUCUAGUCAACAAGUCGAUCGUUACUGCUCUGAAUGUGAUAUUAGAUUCUCGAAUGUUAAAACUUAUCGUGCCCAUAAGCAACACUAUUGUAGUUCCAGGCGAAAUGAUGGCCAAACAACUCCAAAACUAGCAGAACCAAUUGUUAAAACAAGCGGAGGUUCAGUUAGCCCUCCUCAGGUGCGAACCAAGACUCCCACACCAGCUGCAGUAGUAGCAGCAGCAGCGGCCGCGGCAGCAGCUGCAGUUGCACCACAACCAUUUAUUGCUUUGCCCACAAAUCCCAUUCUCAUAAUUCCAUAUUAUUUAAUACGAGCUGCCAGUAUGAUUCCAGGCCCAUUAACUUCAGUCUCACCUGGAAUUCCAAAUCCUGAAAGCACAUGUUUCUCACUUGAAAAUGGAUCUCUCAAACCAAUGGCUACUGCCUUGAGUACAAGUAGCAUUACAAAUAACCAAAUUCCACACGUGGAUACAGCGCCUCGAACUCAUCCUCCACCAUUACCAUCUACUACAUCGAUUACAACAGACACAAGCGUCGUUACUCCAUUAUUGACCGAGAAAAAUACACGUGCAUCAUCUGCCAACAGCUGCAAUGAUUCCGUAAAACAAACCAAGAAGGAAGUACCCCCAAGAGAUUUUGCUCCACUUGAUUUAUCUCUGAGACGUUCUCCCAUCCAAAGAGCCCAUCGUGUUCGCUCGUCAUCGAGUUUUAUGACGCCAAUUGACGAUAGAAUUGACAUUGAAACCAUGAUGGAGGGCAAGGAGAAUUUAUCGAUUGACAGUGGUAGUAUAACACCCGAACAAAUAGUCUGCGCUCCAUCUUUACCCAAUAGCCCUUCGAUGAGCCCCUCGCCGAAGAGAAGAGCGCUCAGUCCCAGGAGUAGCAGUGCCGCUUCAAUAUCACCAGUUCCAACAUCUGUUAUGGAUCAUUUGCCACUGAGAUCAAUGCUUUCCGCUGACAUCGCCAUGAAACUAACCGAAUCUAAUAUUAUUCCUCCCCUAAUUGCAAAACAGAAUCUGGAACUAGCUUUUAAGCUGUCAACUGCAUCGGCUGCCGCAGCAGCAGCAUCAGCUACAAGCAAACAAAAUGAUUCUCCCAAGGCAUCCUCACUCCUAGGACACCCUGGAACUCCUAUCAGUGUGGCAUCAGCCACCAGUGGACAGCCACAGAUUUUCGUCAAACAAGGGGUCUCUAAGUGCAAAGAGUGCAACAUAGUGUUUUGCAAAUACGAGAACUACUUAGCCCACAAGCAACACUACUGCUCGGCUAGGAACCAGGAAGAUACGGAAAGCAAGACGAGCACCCCUCCAUCGGGAUCAAGUACUGGGGGCAUUGAUAGCAAUCCCAUUGCAUAUCAACAGCUGAUCUGUGCGGCUUGUGGUAUCAAAUACACAUCAAUGGAUAAUUUGAGGGCUCAUCAGAAAUUCUAUUGUCCCAAAGGAGGCGGUGACGCUGCAGCUGCAGCUGCACCUAUCACUAAGGAAAAAUGUUCCAAGUGCAAGGUUCUCCAUGAAAUCGGACAGCCGUGUCCACCAACUGCGGCAACGGCCUCGCCACAGUGUUCCUACAAAUGUCCUGUAUGCGAUGUUGUGAGUUUAACUGCUUCAGAAAGUCGCAAACAUCUGGAAACCCAUGGCAGUGUGAAGGCUUUCCGCUGUUCAAUUUGUCGCUAUAAGGGAAACACUUUACGUGGAAUGAGAACACAUAUUCGAAUGCAUUUCGAUAAGAAGACCUCUGACUUUAACGAGGAGAAUUACAUGUCGUGUAUAUUGGAAGAUGAUGGCUUAGAAAUUCCUAGUCCCGUAGCAAUGAGUCAGGAGCAACUAUCUCAACUUGCUGCAGCACAUCAACAAUUUCAACAACAACAAGUACAGCAACAGCAACAGCAGCAGCAACAGCAACAUUUAUUGCAACAACAGCCAUCGACACAACAACAACAACACUCACCCCAGAAUCCUCAACAGAUAUUCAAUUGUGAAAUGUGUAACUACUCAUCAUCCUACAAAGGCAAUGUGAUGCGUCAUAUGAAACUAGUACACUCGCAACCUGGUACUUCGCCAUCGAUUUCUCCUGAAGUGGUCAUCGAAGAAAGUGAGCCAUCAGCACCAAUUCAAACCCUAAACGGUGACAACAAUGGAAGCAGCCUUCCAGGGAGUUUUACCAUAAAGACAGAACCCUUAGAGCCUACCGUCGUCAUAGCCUCUGCCUUCAAGAACAAUAAUUCCAAUUCAACUUCUUCAAAUCACCAUCCGCAUGCUCUGCAUCAUUUGGAACCAACUCUAGCACAAGUCAAAUCUGAACCAAUGGAUACUUCCGAUAUUGGAGUUAUAAGAUCUCUACACUCACCACUUUCGAUUCCUCCACCGCCACUUCUUAACUCAACAUCUCCCCUAUCGGCCGAUGAGAAUUCUCUUCUGCGAAACAGUUCGUCAUCGGGUCCAGGAGGAAUGCCACUUAAUCAAAAAUAUUGUCAAACAUGCGAUAUAAGUUUUAAUUAUACAAAAACCUAUUUGGCACAUAAGCAAUUUUAUUGUAAGAAUAAACCUAGAGCUGAUACAGAUAGUCCGAGUCCAGUGACGCCAGUGCAAUCUCCAACUAUGUUGACUAAGAAUAAAGAGAAUUUGGAAGCUGCGAUGUUAUAGACAGCGGCCUACAUGUAUGAAGCUAUGAAAAUAUUUAAUAUUAACACGAACUCUAUGUGGUAGAAAAAAAAACACGAAUGUUUUUUCUUUAGCAAUUGAAAUAAAGCUUAAAUGUUCUGCGCGGUUUCUCGCUCUUAAAAGGCUUCAAAAAAUGUACAUUGGAAAAGCCUUGCAAAUUUCUAGCUGUCGUUAAACAAGUUUGAAGCAAAUCGCAAGCAAAAGACCUUUCCAUUCGGUUAAACGUCUAGGAAUUCAUAUUUUCGAGUUUGGUGCUCAGCUCUUUUGUUUGAAAAUCUGAAUGAUUUAGAAAUGCUAAGAAAAGUUUAUUAAUUGAUGAAAAUACAAUUCACUACAAAUGUUUAAAACCUGAAAUAGUAGUUGCAAUUAUUUACCGACAAUUUCUGUUUGAUAUUUCUUUUCAUUUAGUGGAAUUUUACUCAAGUCAGUCUAAAAUUCUCUCAUAAAUUACGCAAUUUUUCAUAUUUUUUUUAUUUUAUUCCACAAAUUGGAAUAAACAUUCGUGUUUUUUAAAAGCCUCAAAGUGUUAUCUGAAAAUCUCAUAUAUAUAUAUUUAUGACAUACAUUUACUUCCAAUGUUCUAUCUUUUUGAAAGGUAAACAAUAACAAUUUUUUUUAAAUCUAUUAAUAAUGUACUUAUGGCAUACUCCACCAUAAUUUUUAACCAUGUUGUCUUCUUGUUAAUUAUUUAUAUUAUAAUUUUUUGUUUUCAAAGAAAGUAAAAUAUAUCAUUACGUAUAACAUAAUAUGUGACGCCAAAGUUUAAUAUAAAAUUAAAAAAACAAAAAAUA